AUGCUUUCAACGCUUGGUAGUUACAUUUGGGGCAGCACGGAACCUGACAGUCCUCUAACGGAAGUCACCUUUACAAUCAAUAGGAAACCAUACACUGUUGAUCCUCGUACAAUUCCGGUCGAUACUUCGCUGAACGCGUUUAUACGCAACCAUGCUCACCUGACCGGCACAAAGUUCAUGUGUCUGGAGGGUGGUUGUGGAGCUUGCAUCGUGAACGUAAACGGAGUCCAUCCGGUGACAAAGGAGAAGAAAUCAUGGGCUGUCAAUUCGUGUUUGUAUCCGGUCUAUGCGUGCCACGGACUGGAUGUAAAAACGGUAGAAGGUAUUGGCAACCGCAAGGAUGGUUACCAUCCAAUCCAGCAGCGGCUGGCCCAUCUGAAUGGCACCCAGUGUGGCUACUGCUCGCCCGGCAUGGUUAUGAACAUGUACAGCCUGAUGGAAGCGAACCGCGGUGCGAUCUCGAUGGAAGACGUCGAAAAUGCUUUCGGUGGAAAUAUAUGCCGUUGUACCGGGUACCGGCCGAUACUGGAUGCGUUCAAAUCGUUGACGGUCGAUGCAGAUGAGAAACUGCUCGAUGCCUGUCAGGAUAUUGAGGAUCUGACGAAGACCUGUCCGAAAACGGGAAGUCCUUGUGCUGGCAAAUGCCUUUCGGCGAAGGAUCGCGUCGAUCACAAGCGUCCGGUGAAGCUGGUGUUUGAAGACGACAAGGAGUGGCACCGUGUGACGCAGGUGAACGAUAUUUUUGCGAUUUUCGAACAGAUCGGUAGCAAACCCUAUAUGCUGGUUGCUGGCAAUACUGCUCAUGGAGUCUAUCGUCGAAGUCCAUCAUUGCAAGUGUUUAUCGACAUCAAUGCCGUUGAGGAACUGCACACGCAUUCGUCCGAUGGCAACGAGCUGGUAGUUGGUGCCAACGUUUCACUGACGGAGUUUAUGCAAAUCCUAGACGAAACCUCAAACAAGUCGCCCCACUUUUCACACUUCAAACAGUUGGAGAAACACAUCGAUCUGAUUGCAAACGUACCGGUACGCAGUGCCGGAACGAUCGCGGGCAAUUUGAACAUAAAAAAUCAACAUCAUGAGUUCCCAUCGGAUAUGUAUCUAAUAUUGGAAACAGCUGGAGCGAAGCUUACAGUUGUUGAAGCCGGAAGUAAAACAAGCCUCAUUACACCAGCAGAGUUUGUUCAGCUAGACAUGCAAAAGAAGGUGUUGAAAUCGAUCACACUUCCAGCGCUGGACUCAUCGCGGUAUCAGUUCCGAUCGUUCAAAGUGAUGCCACGAUCGCAAAAUGCGCACGCUUACGUUAAUGGUGCUUUCCUUACGAAGUUUGCCGAGGAUGGUGUGACGGUGGAAUCGGUCAAAAUUUGCUUUGGAGGAAUUAAUCCAGAUUUUACCCAUGCUACAGCGACGGAAACGUUUCUGGUAGGCAAAAAUUUGUUUGACGCUGAAACCGUUCAAGCUACGAUGAAUCAGCUGAGCAACGAGAUCCGCCCUGAUUGGGUACUACCGGACGCUUCCGCAGAGUAUCGCAAAAACCUUGCCAUGGCACUCUACUACAAGUAUCUGCUUAACAUAGCACCGGACGGUACUGUGCUGGUGAAACCAUCCUUCCGUUCCGGAGGUACCGUACUCGAGCGUCCAUUAUCAUCCGGCCAGCAAACGUUCGAUACCUACGAACGUAACUGGCCGCUUACGAAAAACAUCCCCAAGAUUGAGGCACUCGCUCAAACAUCAGGAGAAGCCAAAUUUACCAACGAUCUGCCUCCCUUGCCCGGGGAGCUGUAUGCGGCGUUCGUUAUUGCUACCAAGCCGCACACGCGUAUUGGCAAAAUAGAUGCUGCUGACGCGCUGAAAUACCCCGGCGUAGUAGCAUUCUACUCUGCGAAAGAUAUCCCCGGCACUAACAACUUCAUGCCCGCCAGUCUAGGCAAUCAGGAGGUGGAAGAAGUAUUCUGCAGUGGUGAGGUACUCUACCAUGGCCAACCGGUCGGUAUCAUCUUGGCGGAAACGUUCAACCAAGCCAAUCAUGCUGCGACCCUCGUCAACAUUCUCUACGAACGCCUCUCGCAGCAGCAACCCGUCUAUCCGACGUUGAAGUCUCUCAUUGACAAUCAAGCAAAGACUCGCAUCUUUGACGAACCGUCUACUACAACUCGCCGAGGAUCAAACUAUCGUGUAAAGGUAUCUGCUGCUCGUAAGGUAACGGGCCGGUUCGAAAUGGCUGGCCAGUAUCACUACACGAUGGAAACGCAAACUUGCGUCUGCGUACCAAUCGAGGACGGUAUGGAUGUGCACAGUUCGACCCAGUGGGUUGAUCUGUGUCAGGUGGCGAUCGCAUCGAUGCUGAAAGUCCCAGAAAAUAGCCUCAACUUCACUGUACGCCGGCUUGGCGGUGGUUAUGGAUCGAAGAUUUCACGCGCUGGUCAAGUUGCGUGUGCUUGUGCGUUGGCGGCACAUCUGCAGAACCGGCCGGUACGGUUUGUGCUAACGAUCGAAUCAAACAUGAGUUCAAUUGGCAAGCGCUACGGUUGCAUUUCCGACUACGAAGUGGAUGUGGAGAGCAAUGGCCGUAUUGUAAAGUUAACGAACAACUACAUGCAGGAUUAUGGCGCGUCUCUAAACGAAUCGGUUGGUGACGCUACGACGGAGUUCUUCAACAAUUGCUACGACACCAAGACGUGGAAAGUGGUUGGCAAGGCUGCUAAAACGGAUGCUCCGAGCAAUACCUGGUGCCGUGCACCUGGCACUACGGAAGGUAUUGCCAUGAUCGAGAAUAUUAUGGAACAUGUCGCUUGGGAGUUGGGUUUAGAUCCGCUAGAGCUGCGGCUGAUGAACAUGCCGGAAGGUAGCAAGAUGCGCGAACUUGUCCCUCAGUUCCGCAAGGACGUGGAGUACAACCAGCGCAAGACGGAAAUUGACCAGUUUAAUGUGGACAAUCGUUGGCGUAAGCGAGGUAUCGCCAUCUCGCUGAUGCGCUAUCCCCUUGGAUACUUUGGAGCGUUGCAUGCGUUGGUAGCAAUCCAUGCUGGUGAUGGUACGGUCUCGAUUACACACGGUGGCAUUGAAAUGGGUCAGGGCAUGAAUACGAAGGCGGCACAGGUGGCUGCGUACGUGCUCGGAUUGCCGCUGGAGAAGAUUAGCAUCAAACCAACGACCAGUUUGACAUCGCCUAAUGCCAUCGUCACUGGAGGUAGCAUGACUAGCGAGGCUGUGUGCUAUGCCGUCAAGAAAGCGUGUGAGAUUCUCCUGGAACGCAUUAAACCCGUGCGCGAUGCACACAAGGACGCUCCAUGGGAAACCAUCACACAGCUCUGCUACGCAGGAAAUGUUGAUCUUUGCGCCACAUACCAGUACCGUGCAACGGAACUGAAACCAUACAUCAUCUGGGGAUUGAGCUGUGCCGAGGUGGAAGUGGACAUAUUGACUGGCAAUGUUCAGUUGCGUCGCGUUGACAUCUUGGAAGACACCGGUGAAAGUCUUAGCCCAGGCAUUGAUGUGGGCCAAAUCGAGGGUGCGUUCGUAAUGGGUGUCGGCUAUUGGUUAACGGAGGCACUGGUAUACAAUGCCGAGGAUGGUGCACUGCUAACCAACCGUACUUGGACGUACAAACCGCCGGGUGCGAAGGACAUUCCGGUAGAUUUCCGUGUGCGUUUUCUGCAGAAGAGUUCCAAUCCGGCUGGUGUGCUUCGUUCAAAAGCAACUGGAGAACCGGCCUUAAAUAUGUCCAUCGUGGUGCUAUUCGCCUUACGCAACGCGCUCCGUUCAGCACGGAAGGAUGCUGGGCUGGCAGAUGAUUGGAUACCGAUGGGUACGGCUUCCACACCGGAUCAGGUUCAUCUGCUGGCUGGAAAUUCGAUCGAACAGUACAAACUGAAUUGA